UGUUGCCAAGCAAUAAUACAGACGUGGAGAAAGAGUAGAGAUUCGCUUUAGCGCUUCGAAACAAAGACAUGGUUUCCGUUUAUUCUGCUCAAACAUACCUCUCGCAGUUUUUUGUGCCAAGCCUCACAUGAAAUACAAGCGACUUGGUUCGCGGCACCGUUAAAAAAAGAGUGUGGGAAUGCAGCUGCCCAGCAACAAUCCCGCCACCAGGGAAAUGGUUAAAGAAUGCCUGAAGAAGGACCUCCUGGCUGCUGAUCUCCGAUGCAGUCUCUUUGUAGCCGCUGCACAAAGCUAUAAACGGGACUCUGUUCUCAGACCUUUCCCACCCAACUAUAUUACUGGAGAAAACAAAGAGUUUGAUGCUUUGCUGGCAGAUGUAAAAUCUCUGCCGAGUGUUAGAGAGGUGCUGCAGUCUGGUCCUGGGGGAGACGAGGCUUUGCUGGACCUCCUCCACUGGGUUUUAUCAUCAAAGAACCAAACUAUUAAGAGUCUACUGAAAGAAGAGUAUGUGAAAAUCCAGGCGCUGACGGGAUUUAACGGGGGCUCUGUCCCUCCCCCUGACUUCCUGUUUGAGGUUGUCCACUGUGACCAAAUGAAUGCCAAAUUCGAGGAGACAAAGGGGGAGAGGGACCUUUUUUAUGCAUUUCACGGGAGCCGUCUUGAAAACUUUCAUUCAAUAGUCCACAAUGGUUUGCACUGUCACUUGAACAAGACUUCGUUAUUUGGCGAAGGUACCUAUCUCACUAGCGAUCUGAGCUUGGCCCUGCUGUACAGCCCCCAUGGGAGUGGAUGGCAGAAGUGCAUUCUGGGACCAUUGCUCAGCUGUGUGGCUGUAUGUGAAAUUAUUGACCACCCAGAUGUAAAAUGUCAGUUAAAAAAGAAAGAUUCAGACAGCAUUGACAGGCGGAGAGCCCGAGUGAGGAACAGCGAAGGCGGAGAUGUUCCGCAGAAAUACUUUGUCGUCACCAACAAUCAGCUCCUCCGAGUGAAAUAUCUCCUGGUCUACUCUGAGAAACAGCACAGAAGAAGGCACACAAGGAAGAUGUCCUGGCUGUCCAAGCACUACUUUGCUAUCCUGAUGUCUUUAUAUUUAUUGCUGCUAAUCGUCAUUGGGGCUUGUAAUUCACCAGCAUUCCAGUCCUUCUGGAACAGACUGUUUGAUAAAAGAAAAUGAGGCUGUCAUGCCCUCAUAGUGCAUAGUGCCUUAAUAUAAACUGCAAUACAGCCUCUGGAAAAGUACUGUGCAGUCCUGUACCUAAACAAGGUCACAUGACUUUUGGCACUUUUUUUUUUUUUUUUUUUUUUUUUAGUGCACAAUAUCUUUAUAUGCAUACCUUGAGAUAUUUCAAUAUUUUAGCAUUUAGAGUUUUAAUGCAAUAAAUAUGUAUCUGUAGGUUCUGUAAAUAUUGAUUUAUACUAAUUGGGAACUGAAGCUUUAUCUUUUGCUCUUGAUGAGAGAAUGUAUUUUGUAUUCGAGGCUGAAAUUAUUUUCUGCAUUUGCAUGUUUAGAAGUGCUAUAUUAAACUCUUUGUUAUAGUGUGACCAUGCAUAGCAGGGAAGCACUGUGUUGAGCUAGAAUAUGUUGCCUUCAGUAUGAAUCCUAAAAACAUGGAAUAAAUAAUGUGGGAUUUCAUUGGUAAUUCUCUCAUAGACACAGAAUAAAAUGUACAAAGCAAGAUGGUUACCUGAUAAUCAGUAUUUCUUUGAGAAUUACAUUUCAAACAGUUUCAUGUGAUGGUUUUAAUAACAACAAUAAUACAUAUAUUUUAUCAAGUUAUCAAUCUGUGACAGAUUCACUAGAUGAAGUGAACUUUAAAGAUCGUUUUAACCACUAAACCCUGUUAAACGAUGCAGAGAAUGAUAUAAAAAUGACUGCCACAAGGGGUCAUCAAUGCACCGCUGUUUUCCCUGGACUUUUAAGUUGUAUAAAAAAAUAAGAAAAUGCGUUUUGCUAUCGGCUCUUAUUUCUUCAUUAUUUAAAGUUUUGCCAGACAUAAAAUCCGUUGCCUGUAACUAUCGAAUCACACAGAUCUGCACCCUCGUCACAU